UUUGUCAGUUGGCUGCGCUCUUCAUUACGUGACCUGUCAGUGGCUAAUUUCAGUCGCUAUGGAUUCGUCUCACCCACAGACCGACUAAGCAGACUUGUAGCAGUUUUUCAGGACGGUCAGCAGUACGUGUUUGUUGAUCAAGCGAGUUACGAAAAACUCGGUGCAGCUGUCACUGAAGAAAUUUAUCAGAUAAUGGAGAGUCCGCAGUAUAAAAUGACCAGGGAAUAUUUCGGUGACGGCGACAAGGAAAGCAAUUCAUUUAUUUUCCUCAGCGAGGGCUGGGAUUCAAAAGAGCACCUUGUUAUACUGAUACAUGGUAGUGGUGUUGUGCGAGCCGGCCAGUGGAGUAGAAGGCUUAUAAUGAAUGAAGGUUUGGAUGCCGGUUCACAGCUGCCAUUUUUGCGAAAGUGCGAGGAAUUAGGUUGGGGAGUGAUUGUAAUGAAUACAAAUUUGAAUUUCUAUACACCCGAUAAGUACUUUCCAGUAAGUUUUUUCCUCAUUCUGAUACGCACGCCAUGUCAAACUGAUCACGGGUCCUGUGAGAUUUCCAAUGGUUCUUCACCAGUGGAACAUGGCACUACGGUCUGGCAAACGUACGUUGCUAAGGCGAAGGCGCGCUGUAUUGCAGUAAUCGCUCAUAGCGCAGGCGGUUCAGUGAUUGCAGGCAUUAUUGAGAAUUGCUGGUCAACGGAAAUGGCGAACAGAUUGAGGUGUGUGUGUCUCACGGAUGCUGCAUUCAAACUUUCAUCUGCGGUGAAUCUCACGUUGUUACCACCGAUACGAAAUUGGGUUGUUUCGAUUCAGAAAGUAGUGGGAGUGCCGGUGGACAGCAAAGGAAUAUUUGGUGAAUACGUGACCUGCAUCACUUUUGAUGCACUUGACAUCCACAGUGCUUUUCAUUGCAUCGCUUAUCUUUUAAUGAUUCGCAGCAGUUUACAGCGAACAGGGAAAAGUUUGCAAAGAAUCACGCUGUGUGCUGCCAUGAUGGCUCCUGGGCAGCUGGUCACUGAUUGGAUGCAAGCCGAAAAUCUCCUGCCGUUUCUGGAACUUGGGGAUUUGGUCGAGUUCCGACGAGUGGUCGGUAUUGCGAAACGACGAAUUUACACAGUCUGUUCACUCGCAUUCAACUUUUCUUGCCAUAAUGCCCUAUUUUCCGUUGUCUUCAAUGAGUACUGGAGAAUUUGGGUGGAGGCGGAGGAAGUCGGAGUUGAAUAUGUUAUUGUCUUUAAGCACUGGGGAGUAUACAUUGGGAGCCAUGAUGAUAAAGCAUAUAUUACACAUACGGGGACCGAUUUUGGUGAUUUCGGUGGCCCAGUGAGCAGCUCCGCGCAAUCACUAACAACAAUCAAGACGAAAAUGACUGGCCGACAUCAAAUACAGGUAAAGUCAUUGAUAGCACUGGCUCUGUCCGUAUCCAUGUUCACUGCAAACAUAGCGCGAAAAUCAAGACCAAAAAUUUUUGUCCGUUGUGACGAGCUUUCGAUUGUUGCACAGGGUGACAGUUGCAGGAUAAACAAUUCUCUCGACAGAGAAAGGCGGCCGUUUCCGCCAGCUAUUGUGGUGAAUCGAGCUUUGCUUAUGGUUCGUUGUGACGAGCUUUCGAUUGUUGCACAGGGUGACAGUUGCAGGAUAAACAAUUCUCUCGACAGAGAAAGGCGGCCGUUUCCGCCAGCUAUUGUGGUGAAUCGAGCUUUGCUUAUGCUCGGAAGUUCCAAUUACAAUAUCUUAUGGAACAACUGUGAGCACUUUGCCAAUUAUUGCAGAUAUGACCUAAGAGAAAGCAGUCAGGUAUGA